AUGCCCAUUGUUGGAGAACAUGCAUUCUCGCGGGCCAAGAAUUACGCCUACCCCGAGGCCUUGAUCGACUGCAUCAACCAGGGAGACAAUGUGACCUACAACAUCGACGCCAAUGACUUCGACUGCAGCUACUUUGGCUUCUGCAGUUGUCCGCGGAUGACGGCUGAGCCAGACAUCGCCGGCCGGGGGGUCAUCUUCGCUUUCGUUUUCACAGCCUUCGUGACCCUCUUAACAACAAUAUUCUGCCUCGUAAUCGGCCGCACGAACGAGGAGCGCCAGACAAUGAACCCGCUCGACCGCUUCUUCCGAAAACACGUCUCUGCCCCCGCGCGCAACCUCAUGCACCGGCUGCACAUGAACCCAGACCUGCAGGCCCUCGUCGCCUACGACCUCGUCAACACGCUGAGCGACCUGCAGCUCGUCACCGGCAUGGCCAUCCUCGUGGCCGGGAUGAAGCAGCUCUUCGAGGGGACGAUAUCCACGUACCACUUCAUGAUCGUCACCGACCUCGCGUGGUUCUGCUCGAACACGCACCUCUUCUCGCUGCUCGUCAUCACGAGCAUGCGCGACAGCGUCAAGCGCACGCAUCCGGAGCGCUACAACGAGCAGAACAUGGUCCUGCCGCGGCGGAUGGCGAGGGCGUUGAGAAUCUUCUUCAUGGCCACCACGGUUGUGCUGCUGCUCUACGCUCUGUACGUUGGUGGUUACGCCGAAAUAUACGAGCCCGGCCAGUUCCGCUGUCCCAUGAAGUGCUCGCUGGGGCUACCCAAGGGCGGCGACCCGGCGAACCUCAUGAUCGUCAACAUGGUGAUGAUGGGAUACUUCUACGGCGUCAGGAUCUUCAUGAGCUCGCGCACGGGGCGUAUCUUCUGGAUGGACCACGUGCGGAGCCGGCUCAUCGACAACCAGACCCAGCAGUUCAACAUACUGCAGCCCGAGGCGGUCUUCGUCGCGCGGUGGACGGAGAACACGGCGUGGCGGUGGUGCAAGGCGGCGUUCCGCGGGGUGUGGUACUUCUUCGCGUCCGAGGUCGAGACGAUCGUCGGGCUGAUGGCGUACUUCAGCUUCGGGAUCCAGGCCGUGGUCGACGACCGGCGCAUCGGGCACUCGGAGAUGGAGCAGGACGAGAAGGACGAGGAGAACAGCCUGAUGUUCAGCCAGCUGGUGCCCAUCUUCCUGCUGAUCAUCCCCUUCAUGGGGCUGUUUGAGUCGUACGCGCGACACUCGGUGGCAGACAGAGAACGGCGGUCGAAAGAGCUGGACGAGCUUGGUGCGUCGGACGGACUUUGA